UGAAAGCUGAACCCGCACCAUACCGGGACCAAGAGCGGCGCCAUGUUGGUGACUGGGGGUCACGUGAUCACGCGGAAGUCCCUGGAAAGUUUCCAGUCAAGAAACACCGGUUGCGUCUGGUGGUGCAUUAUUUAUUUAUUUAUUUAUUCAUUUAUUUUAUUUAAAUUUACGCUAAGAAAUUAUGAACGACAAUUAUACUUAAAGUAUGCCCAAUACUAUAUUUCAGAGUUAACUCACAAUUCUAUGUCAUUCAAUGAAAUCGCAGUAUAUACAGGGUUUUACGGAAUGAAGGGUGCGUUGAAGUAACUCAACUCACACACGUUUGCGCAUACUGCCUCAAUACACAUGGCCAUUGAAAGUGCAACAGAUUUUAUUUUUAUUUUUUUCUUCUGUUAUUUGUGUAACAGAUUUUCUCCCUUUACACGCAAAGAUAACUUCACCUCGGUGCAAAUUAGUGUGAUGAAGGACUUUCUUCCGAGCAUGACAAUUUUAUUUAAAAAAAUAUGCAAUUUUGACGCGCCGAAACAGCCGCCAAAGGAUGUGACGCUGUCACGUGCUGCCACUGUAUGAGAAGACACGUUGUUCGUUAGUCCAUUUCUUUUUCUUUUUUCUUUAGUGUGCGUGUUGUAGGGUUCUGUAAACGAUUACAUUCUUCCAUAGGCACUUUAUACUUAGACGUAGAUCAUGUGUCAUUAUCAGCGUGCCUUGCUAUAAUCAAUAGGCUGCACGUGGUGGUAACUGUGAACAGAACACAAUGAAGCAGGUGCGUUUUACCAAUGGCGUUGGUUCUGAGAACGAGUCGUUGGAGAAAGAGAGUCAAGCCGCAGUAAACAGCGACCCCCCGAUCCAGCUGAAGCUUUUACCCCUCACUGAUCAAAUCCGUGAACUACAGACCAUAAUCAGGGACAAAACCACAAGUAGAGGGGAGUUUGUGUUCUGUGCUGACAGACUGAUUAGAAUUGUAGUUGAAGAAGGACUAAAUCAGCUGCCUUAUACUGAGUGCAUAGUGACCACACCCACAGGACAGAAGUAUGAAGGUGUGAGAUUUAAGAGAGGCAACUGCGGCGUCAGUAUAAUGAGGAGCGGUGAAGCGAUGGAGCAAGGCCUAAGGGACUGCUGCCGAUCUAUCCGCAUCGGCAAGAUCCUUAUACAGAGCGACGAGGAGACGCUGAAAGCUAAAGUAUACUACGCAAAGUUCCCGCCGGAUAUUUACAGACGCAAAAUCCUGCUCAUGUAUCCUAUCCUGAGUAGUGGGAAUGCUGUCGUUGAAGCAGUCCGAGUGCUGAUCGAUCACGGCGUCCAGGCUUCACGCAUCAUUCUCCUGAGCCUCUUCUCCACCCCUCAUGGGGUUACGUCCAUAGUACAAAAGUUUCCAGAAAUCACCAUCCUGACCACCGAAGUCCAUUCUGUAGCGCCAACGCACUUCGGAGAGAAAUACUUUGGGACAGACUGAAUUUUCAUUUGGAGACAGCCCAUUGAGUAUUUCUUUGCAUUUCUCCAAGUUUGGAAUUGGUUUGCGUUAUAAUUUAAACUAUAAAAUUAAAAAAUUUUUUUUUUUUUUUUUUAAAGUUUGAAGUGCCUUAGUAUAGUGUGUUAGAAGUGCAGUGCAUGGUUGUAUAAUGCAAUGGUUCUCAAAGCAGGGUCUGUGAAGCACAGCUGGGGGUUACAGCAAUGGAAAUCACAAUCUGCCAUUAUCACAGUUUGACUUGUAUUGAAUGGGUUUAUUCUAAAGCUGUAAUAGGCAGAGGUUUUAUUUACUGGAUUUAAGAGCAUAAAGAAUAGCCAGUGAUUGCUAGCUAGCUAUUUACUAUUUUUAGUACUUUAGAUACAUUAGUAUAACUCGUAAAUACAAAUAGGCGACGAAUUAAAGGAACGCGUUGUAGUCUUGGCGGCGCUUCUACAAAUCUCUGGAACCGUAAUGUGGAACAUUAAAGAUUUGUCAUCAAUAAGACACGUCGACUGCCACACUGGCACUUCAGCUAACCACUUUUGACUAGUGCUAUGAACAUAUGAAGCACCUGAUCUGAAUUUGCCCCGGGGAAAUAAAUGUAUACUUCUCUGUCCAAACAUCAUACACAUUGUUUUCAUUUUCAUCGUUGUCUUUCAUUCGUUAUCAGUUCGUUAAUCAGCCCAGAGAGGGUCAGCGGAAACCAGAUAGGUCAAGUUUGUCACAACAAACUUUGAUGUUGGCUUGAUAAAGCCGGUCUGAAAGUUUAAAAUCGUUUCCGUUGGAAAUCUGAAAGUAACGUGUAGUUUUAAGAAAGAAAAAGAGCGACCGAUCGCUAGGGUGCCGAUACCUGUAGCGCUAGAGCGAUAGCCAGGGUGCCGAUACUUGUAGCGUUAGGGAGAUACGGUGCCCUGAAGCGUCGUCGUUUUAAUUUGACGUUUGAAUAUGGGUUUCAUCCAAACGUCAGUAUCUCAGCAACUAAGGUUUUCUACUGAUGGAAAGUUCAGGAAGGGUGCCGAGUGGUUAGUACGUUCGGCGCACACCUCCAGGGUCGGGGGUUCGAUUGUCACUGCCCUGUGUGUGUGUGCGCGGAGUUUGCAUGUUCUCCCCGUGCUGCGGGGGUUUCCUCCGGGUACUCCGGUUUCCUCCCCCGGUCCAAAGACACGCACGGUAGGCUGAUUGGCGUGUCUAAAGUGUCCAUAGUGUAUGAAUGGGUGUGUGAGUGUGCCCUGCGAUGGAUUGGCACCCUGUCCAGGGUGUACCCCGCCUUGUGCCCCAUGCUCCCUGGGAUAGGCUCCAGGUUCCCCACAACCCUGUAAGAUAAGCGCUAUAGAAAAUGGAUGGAUGGAUGGAUGGAAAGUCCAGGAAUAAAAAGCUCCAAUAAACAUCCAAAACACUGCACACGUUUAAAUAAGGAGUUUACCCAGAUGUCUUACGUUCAUAGACCUUGUUGAUGGGGGUAUUCCCUUUCCAGAACCCACACACUAACUCUCCACUGCUUUUCUAGAACUCAAUUAUAAAUCUUGUACAGUAGCACUACUUGUAUUGUUCUCCGCUUGAUAUAUAUCGCUUUGCUUGUAUUCCCCUCAUCUGU